AUGCAGGGCAGCUUUGUUUUGCUGCUGCUGGCGGCUUUCACGCUCACUGGGGGACUCGUUCGAGGCGACGACGACGACAAUGCAGCCGAAGAGCUCCAGGUGGAGACCUUGAUGAAACCCGAAACUUGCACCGUUCUCUCCACGAUGGGCGACACGUUGCAGAUCCACUACACGGGUAAACUGAUGGAUGGCAAGGUCAUCGACUCCUCGCUAUCUCGGGACCCACUUGUUGUCGAGCUGGGGAAGAGGACAGUCAUUUCUGGACUGGAACAAAGCUUGAUCGGCGUGUGUGAAGGGCAAAAAAUCAAAGCCACUAUUCCAUCUCACCUUGCCUAUGGAAAGAAAGGUUACCCUCCUACAAUUCCAGGUGAUGCUCCUCUUGAAUUCGAGGUGGAGGUCAUCUCGUUGACACAGCAGACACCUUGGCAGAAGAUGGUGAAUGAUGUGUUCCCCCUCGUUUGUUUGGCACUGGUGCCCACGCUACUCGGCUUGGUGGGACUCUACCUCUACAACAAGGCCAAAGACUCAAAACCCAGCAAAAAGAAGUCAAAGGAUAAGAAAAGCAAAAAGAAAUAA